AAAUUCUUUCCCCAAAACACAUUCCCGCCCCCGCCAACAACUUCUCGCGACAAGUUUUGAGGUACAGCCAGUCAUCCGCUCACGGCAUUUUGGGAGGGUGCUUGUUGUAGCGACAAUGACGCCAAUUGAGCUUGCCACCCGGUCUGGGGGCAUUGCAAAGGGCAUCUUCACACGUUCCCGACCCGGGCAACUGGGCUUAUCCCGGUUAACAUGUCGUCCUCACACAAGGCACUUUGCCGCCGUCGCCGGGAACAUGAACAUCGACCAGCUUGACGCCGCCCUGCGUCCUUCCCUCCCCAAGUCGAUCAAGCCCGACACCUACCGCAAGCUGCACGGCAAGCUCCUCGAGGUCCGCCGCACGCUCGGCAACCAACCCCUGACGCUCGCCGAGAAGAUCCUUUACAGCCACCUGGACGAUGUCGAACAGUCCCUGCUGACCAACACCGACAACGGCCGCAGCAUCCGCGGCAGCGCCAACCUCAAGCUCAACCCGGACCGCGUCAACAUGCAGGACGCCUCGGCCCAGAUGGCCCUGCUGCAGUUCAUGUCCUGCAACCUCGACCAGCCCGCCAUCCCGGCCAGUAUCCACUGCGACCACCUCAUCGUCGGCGAGAAGGGCGCCGAGAGCGAUCUGUCCGAGGGCAUCAGCACAAACAAGGAGGUCUUCGACUUCCUCGAGUCCGCCGCCAGGAGGUACGGCAUGGACUUCUGGCCCCCCGGCGCCGGCAUCAUCCACCAGACCGUCCUCGAGGUCUACGCCCUCCCGGGCCUGAUGAUGCUGGGCACCGACAGCCACAGCCCCAACGCCGGCGGUCUGUCGACCAUCACCAUCGGCGUCGGCGGUGCUGACGCCGUCGAAGCCCUCGUCGGCGCCCCCUGGGAGCUCAAGGCCCCGCGCAUUCUCGGCGUGAAGCUGACCGGUCAGCUCAACGGAUGGGCUGCCCCGAAGGACAUCAUCCUGGCCCUGGCCGGCAAGCUCACCGUUCGUGGUGGCACCGGCUACAUCGUCGAGUACUUCGGCGAGGGUGUCGAGUCGCUGAGCGCCACGGGCAUGGCCACCAUCUGUAACAUGGGUGCCGAGGUCGGCGCCACCACCUCCAUCUUCCCUUACACCAAGGCGUCGGAGCGCUACCUGCUGCAGACCAGGAGAGCCGAGCAGCACAAGGCGCUUGCGUCUUUCAGGAGCUGGGGCAGCUUCGAUUUCCGCCCCGACGAGGGCGCGCAGUACGACGAUGUGAUCGAGAUCAACCUCUCCGACCUGGAGCCGCAUAUCAACGGACCUUUCACCCCCGACCUUUCCACCCCUCUGUCGGCAUUCGCAACCACAGUGGCCCAAGAGGAGUGGCCUACCACCCUCUCCGCCGGUCUGAUCGGCAGCUGCACCAACAGCUCGUACGAGGACAUGACCAAGGUCGAGAGCAUGGUGACACAGGCCGAGAAGGCCGGCUUGCGGCCCAAGGCACCCUUCUAUAUCACGCCGGGGAGCGAACAGAUCCGGGCCACCCUGGAGCGCGACGGCACCCUCCAGACCCUCGAGGGUGCCGGCGGUAUCGUCCUGUCCAAUGCGUGCGGCCCUUGCAUUGGCCAAUGGAAGCGCCAAGACGAUGUCAAGAAGGGCACCCCCAACGCCAUCUUCACUUCCUACAACCGCAACUUUCGAGGUCGCAACGACGGCAACCCGGGCACCAUGAACUUCCUCGCCUCCCCCGAGAUCGUCACCGCCAUGGCCUACGCCGGCUCCACCACCUUCAACCCCGUGACCGAUGAACUCACCACCCCCGGGGGCGGCAAGUCGUUCCGCUUUGCGCCGCCCCAGGGUCUCGAAGGUCCCAGGACCCCCUUCGUCUCCGGCGUCGAGUCCCUCCAGGCCCUCUCGCCAGACGGGCCCAACCCGGGCGUGGAGGUCGCCAUUUCCCCGACCUCGGAGCGCCUGGCCCUCCUCGAGCCCUUCGAGGCCUUCCCCGAGGGUGACCUCGAGGGUCUCAAGGUGCUCGUCAAGGUAACAGGCAAGUGCACCACCGACACCAUCUCGGCCGCCGGGCCCUGGCUCAAAUACAAGGGCCACCUGGCCAACAUUAGCGCCAACACCCUCCACACCGCCGUCAACGCCGAGACGGGCGAGGUCAACGCCGCCUACGACGUGGACGGCUCGCGCCACACCAUCCCGGACCUCGCCUUCAAGUGGAAGGCCCGCGGCCAGCCCUGGCUGGUGGUCGCCGAGCACAACUACGGCGAGGGCAGCGCCCGCGAACACGCCGCCCUGCAGCCUCGCUUCCUCGGCGCCCGCGUCGUGCUCUGCAAGAGCUUCGCCCGCAUCCACGAGACCAACCUCAAGAAACAGGGCGUCGUGCCCCUCACCUUCGUCAACGAGGCCGACUACGACCGCAUCGCCGCCGGCGACGACGUCUCCACCGUCGGCCUCUACGAUAUGCUCCGCGCCGGCGGUCGCGGCGAUGUUUCUCUCCGCGUCCGCAAGGCUGACGGCUCCGGCGAGUUCCUCGUCCCCACCAAGCACGCCGUCAGCGAAGACCAGGCUGGUUUCAUCCUCGCCGGUAGUGCCCUGAGCAUGCUUGCCAAGAGGGCACAGACCCAGGCCUAGCGGACUUUGGCGUUGCCGUCGAUUCGUUUCGUUUUAAGGGGAGUUGGAAGAAAGAAGCGCUGUUUGCCUCGUUUCCUUUGUUUCGAGCGGGAAAAAAAAAAAGAGGAAGGAAAAGGGAAAGAGGGUGUUUGAAUGUCUCAUAGCGAUGUGUUGUUUACGUUGCAGAUCUCCUGCAUGCAUGCCUUGUCUCCAUGCAUUUUCCAGGGCAGAACAGACCCCCUCUGUAUGUGUACGUUUAGAAGGCCUCGGGCGAGAUCGCGUGCUUUAGCAAUCUAGCCAGGGCAGGUUAGGGAGCAGAGAAGCCUAUACCAGAGAUAUCGACGCUUAUGGCUCCUUCAGUUGGCGGAAGCAAACGUGAUUCGAGAAUCUAUCCCUGGAUCCAUCUCGUACAGGCAAUGAUUCAAAUCCAUCAACUCAUCC